UAAUUGCAAAUGACUUAACAUGGGUUUAAAUUCACAUGCAUUUCUGGACCACAGUACCUCAAGGGCUGGUUCUAAAAUCCAUAUUGGGACCUCUGAUGAUUACUGAUGAUUGAACAUGUUACCCCAACAUGCCAGCCUUUAACUCUGAGCACAGCAAUUAAUGUGGAUUGUGGCAAGAACUCUGUGUCUGUGAGAUGGGCUGAAGCAAAUUCACAAGUGGACCUGUCCUUUCUUCAGCUGGGUGACUGCCCUCCAUCCCAAGUUUCUGUGAAACCUGAAGGGUCGGAGGCUGUGUUCAAUGCUGAAUUUGGGGCCUGUGGUAUUAGGAGGCUGGUGACAAUGAAUCAGAUUGUAUUUGAGACUGAGAUCACCUCUACCACUUCAUUGAAAACACCGGUUUAUUACCCCAUAUCCUGUGCUUUUAAAAGGCCUGAAGACUGGGCACCUCCCUUGUAUGAUCCUCUGCUUUUUCAUACACAUGGCCAGGGAAAUUUGGCCUUUCAUAUGGCGCUCAUGAAGGAUGAUUUUAGUGGUGUGGCCACUUCCACAACAUUCUCACUGGGCUCAAUGAUCCCAAUCGCUGCCUCAGUUGACCAGCAGUUCCAUCAGCCAUUAGUGCUGCUUCUGGAAGAAUGUGUGGCCUCCACAACACCAGAAUUGGGUCCAGAUUCUCACAUUUACCCACUCAUCACCAAUAAGGGGUGUCUAGUAGAUGGCAAAAAAACCAACUCAAUGUUUUUGCCUAGAAGCCAGUUGUCUGCGAUCAGGCUAUAUCUUCAAGCCUUCAAGUUUGCCGUUGGGGAGGAUGUCUACAUUCACUGCAAGGUUGUGGCAUGGGAUCCAAGAGACUUGGAUGGUGGCAAGAAAGCUUGUCAAUAUGACAAGGCCAACUCUAGAUGGGUACUACUAGAUGAUCCUUCCCAGAGUUCUCUCUGCAGCUGCUGUGACACUAACUGUCGAGGAAGAAAGAAAAGGGGAAUAACAGCUGGCAUGCUGUAUGGAGGCAUGAGGACUGCAGAUGAGGCCAGGGCAAUAAAUUGCAAUGUCCGUAUGGAGACGCCCAAGGAAGCGCUGCAGGGAGACCGGAAGGACAGCUGAUCAUCCUCACAGUGGCAGACCACAUGUAACAACACCUGCACAGGAUCAGUACAUCUGAAUAUCACACCUGGGGGACCAGUUCUGGAUCGCAACAACUGCCUGAGUUACACCAGGAAUGUGCAUUCCCUCCAGUGCUCAGACUGUCUGCAAUAGGCUGAGCGAGGCUGGACUGAGGGCUUGUAGGCCUGUUGUAUGUCAGGUACUCACCAGUAAUUUCUCGCAGUAAGAACUGUCAAAUCUGGUGCAGUCCAUGAGGUGAUGCGCUGCAGUACUUGGUCAGUAUCUGGUGUGGCCACCAGCUGCGUUGUCACUUUUGCUGUGCCCCCCACCCCCUUUUCGUUCAGGGACACAUUAUUCCAUUUCUGUUAGUCCCUUGUCUGUGAAACUUUUUUUCUUAGUUGUUGAAUCUUUGUUAAAACAAAUAUUUACACAUGUCAAAUUUGCUGAAAAUAAAAGCAGUUCAAAGUGAGGGGACUUUUUUUUUUUUUUUUUUUUGCUGAGUUUAUUUGGGUCCAGGUGAAGUUAUGGUAUACUUUUGUAAAAUUCAGUUAUGCAUUGAAGUGUAAACUCACUCCUAAUCCACAGAUUCCUUAACGUUGACCUCUGUGCUUGGGCCACUGGUUAUUACUGGACACUGAGGGCAGGAUUAUACCUUAUACAAUUGGUCAAGGUUUUAUUAUUAUUUACUUAAAACCUUUUAGUUUUUUUUCCCCUUCUGCAAGUAAUUUUGAUUUUAAUGAUUUCCAAAGAUUGGUGCCUCCAAGACACCGAGUUGAUUUGGAGAUCCUACGGUGGAGUUCUACCUAUGCCAGCUAAACUAUUGUUUCAUGGGAUGAAUAAACAAUU